UUCCGGUCACAGCUGCGCCGGUGUGCUUUACGACACUUGUGACAAACCAGAAGUGUCAACCGCUGCAGCGAGGAGCGACAGGUGACUUUCUCCAACCUGAAGGCAAAGCGAGAAACGAAACCAGCUGCGAUGUGACCCCGUGCUGGCGGCCAGACACCCCCAGCGAACGAGAGGACUGCAACCACGAUGUGAGAAAUAACAGUUGGUUUCCGACCGCUUUCCUUCACGGCCCUAGCCACCUAGCUUAGCUUAAACUACCCGGAAGCUAGCGAAGCCAGUUUGUCAGCUCUCAGUCCGCAACAUGUUCUGAGCGCGAGGCGAAUUCGAUGUGACACCCUGACACUUUCACCCCGUGGGCAGCGUUUCCACUCGCGGCUGGGCAUCCAUCAGUCAAACACAAAAUGUGGCUCCAGCAGCGACUAAAGGGGCUGCCGGGCUUGUUGUCAAGCAGCUGGGCGAGAAGACUGCUCAUAGGACUGCUCCUCUUCCUCAUCUUCUACUGGUAUCUGGGAGCGGAGCGCAGCUGGAGGUUCUUCAGCAGCUCGACCAUGCCCGGCGGGGCGGCUGGACAGUGUCUACAGGCUGAGAUCCACCGGUGGAAGUCGCUCGUAGACCGAGGAGAGGGGAUAUACAGCACACCUCAGGAACAACUAGACACACCGUUUGUAUCAGGUAAUGGCCACAUUUUGAUUGACAUUGACUCUAACAAACUGUGGGUGGCGUCGUCCUCGCAGCCCGGCUCGGCCCCAGUCCACCCGACCGAAUAUUCACCGAGGGUCGGCGUGCACCUGGAGGGGAAGCGGGCCGAGGCUCAGGCCAGCAUGCUGUGGUUCCGGAAAGGUGCCGUGCUGUCGGUGCGCUGUGCCUCCCUGCAGUCAGCCCGGGACUGUGUCACCAUCAGAGAGGAGUUCAUCGCCCACAGAAGCAGAUCUAACGUCUAUCUCCAGCGAAUCCACAUCAACAACCCGUCUGACAGGCCCGCCUCCCUGGACGUUUCCUCUGUCAAUCCCUCCUUUGGGAGCAAGUUCUCCACCAGUGUGGAGAAACUGGAGGAGAAAGAAAUACUGCUCUCCUCUGGCAGAGUGCCUGUGGAGAAUAAUCGCAUGGUUCUGGUGGUGGUGGUCACCAAGAAGCCGACCAGCAGGAUUCAAGUCUCUGCUAAGUCAGAGUUCACAGACAAUAUUGUGUCAGUGGUGUGGACCUCAGAGCCCAUCGAGCCUUCCAAGCUGGAGGAGACCUUCAGCACACUCAGAGAAGGAGCCAAAAAGGAACUGGGGGAGCUGCUGAGAGACAGUGUGGACGAGCUGGUUGUAGAUCACCAGCAAGCGUGGAUGGAUCUCUUCUCUUCAGGUGUUGAAAUGAGGAAGAUAACAGACUCCCACACGCCAUCGAGCCGCACGGUGAACACCACCCUCUACUACGUCCUCUCCUCCUCCACGGCUCCCAUGCUGGACCGUAGGCUGAGCAGCGAGGAGCGCCCCCGGCUGGAGUCCAGCCUCAACUACGCGGACCACUGCUUCAGUGGCCACGCCACUAUGCAUGCAGAGAACCUGUGGCCCGAGCGGGUGAGCAGUGCUGCCCAGAUCCUGCAACUGGUCACGCUUUGGACCCUGACUCUGCAGAAGAGAGGCUGCAAGGUGCUUGUUGCAGCCGGGGCCCACGGAGCCAUGCAGGGCAUGGUGCUCAGCUUUGGUGGCCUUCAGUUCACAGAGAACCACCUUCAGUUUCAGGCUGAUCCAGACGUGCUGCACAACAGCUAUGCCUUGAGAGGAAUCCACUACAACCAGGACCUCAUCAACCUGGCAGUACUGCUGGAUAUGGAGGGGAAGCCUUUUCUUCAUGUGUCAGUGAAGCAGCAGGACAAACCAGUGAAGCUGUAUGCCUGCGAGGCCGGCUGCCUCAAUGAGCCUGUGGAGCUGACAUCAGAGGUCAAAGGUCACACCUUCCCAGUGAUGGUGACUCAGCCAAUCACACCGCUGCUUUACAUCUCCACAGACCUGCGCCACCUUCAAGACCUGCGCCACACCCUCCACCUUAAGGGCAUCCUGGCCCACGAGGAGCAUAUGGCCAUACGAUACCCAGGCCUGCCCUUCCUCUUCUGGUUCAGCGUGGCCUCCCUCAUAACUCUCUUCCAUCUUUUCCUCUUCAAGCUUAUAUACAACGAGUAUUGUGGCCCUGGCGCUAAGCCCCUCUUCAGGAGCAAGGAUGCCAGCAAAAGUGAGGAUGGCUGCUGCGACACCACGAGUGCUGCUUGAACGCUACAGUACUGUGCACACAUUCGUCAUGUAGCAGUGGUUCUGCUUGAGCUUUGGCAGCAUGCGAGAUGUUAACAUGGGUGUGCUGCUGCUGCUGAAUCUGAAACGGCCUCAGACAUUUGCUUUGCUUGGGCCCGCGAUGUGUGGAGGCAUACUCCUCUGCUGGUGAGAGGCUGCAGAGGGAUGGAGGUCAAAACUGAGUACAAUCUACACCAAGUAUUUCAAAAGUUUGAUUGUUUGGGGGGGUGUUUCAGGUUCUGUGCUUCAGCAUUAAAUUUGAAAUGACUUGGUACCCAAAUGUCUGGAGUUCAAAAGUAAUUGGACACUUGGUUACUCAAUGUUUCUUGGGCAGCUGUUGUUUCAGUGUUAGUUCCUGUACAAAGAGUGCUCACGCUGCCUACAGGCUAUUGAGAUGGGCUUAUUUGUCAGUAUGAAAAGUAAAGAGGUGACCAUGCAAGUCAGGAAAAAAUAACGAGGUUUAAGAAAGCAAAAAUCUGUAACAGAUAUCGAAGGUUUGUGUGGACACUUUCUAAAAAAUAUCAAUGGAACUGUUUGACCGGGGAGCACAAGACUUGUGGAAGAAAUAAAAUAAUUUGCACGGUGAAGACAAAUCCAUGCAAAUGCACAUGAAGAGACCAGCAUGUUGAAGUAAGAAGUAAUCAAAGUGGUGGAAGUGAGGAGAGCAAACAGCUCUUGUCGUAAAGCCUACACUUCAUCUGUCCCACAUGGAUCUUAUUCUGUCCAGUGGAACCGACACACCAACAUUUACUGAUAAACAGGAAGAACAUUCAACAGUACAACAAUACUAACCUAAGAAACAAAGAGGUACAAUAUCCUGGACUGGGUUUGACAAUCAAAGGCACUGCUCAGCUUGCAGCUGCUCAAAGAUCAUCGUUAUUAUUUUGAUCGAGAGACCCCCCCUAGUGGUAGAAAAUGACAUAUUGUGUGUUUAAAUAUAUUAUUUUUGAUUUGAUGUGUAUUUGUCCAAUUACCUUUGAACUCCUUAACUUUGGGCACCAUGUUUGUAAAUGGCUGUAUCUCCACACCCACAAUAAAAAAAAAAUGAAACCAGCUCAAGAUAAUUGCUGAGACUUGACACUUUCGUGUAGGAUUCAAAUGAAACUGAAUGUGCUGAAUUUUUCAGAACCAGAACUAAAUAUUUAGCAAAUGCUUGAAAAAUUCACAUAAUUAUUAGAUCAUGACAAUGAAGGCAGAUCUCUUCCGUAUGUUUGGAACUAUGGACCUUUUUCAAGGCAGCUAUUUUGACACGAGAUAGUAAACACUGGUGUUACUAAUCACAUUCAUUAAGGUUUUGCGCUAUUUUGAUUGGGCCUUAAGGAGAUUGAUGAGUAACAAUCACUGCAGUGAAAAGGGUCUGUAGUCAAGUAACUUCUCUCUAAAAAGUGUGAACAAUACAGUUCACCCAUUUAGAAUGGCAAUCCAUUUAAUAUUGUGUAUACUGAAAAAAAAUAUUCCAACCUCAAUUCCACAAAAUCAAGAAUUUACUUUAGCGAGCUAACAGAGAUGUUAACAUAGGCACAGUAGUCUUUACUAUGCUAGCAUUACUUUACUAUACUGACAUAUGCUAAUCGUUGCGUGAAAACACUGUGGUAACCGAGAUGUGUAAAGAAAACGUAAAACAGACACACCGCCCGAGUAAAUAAUGGGGUUCUCUCGCAUUUUUUCAAGUUUCCUGUUGGUAAAAUGAAACAACUUUUUUGUCGAAAUAAUUUUGAGUCAAUUCCCCUUUGAAAGUCACAGAUUGCUUGCAGUUUACCUGUCGCUGAACAGGCCUCGGAUUAACUGCUCUGCACCAUUUUCACACAUGACCUGCGGGUAAAAUCCAGACAAUUGGCUCCAGAGUUUACCCGAAGUUUGCUUUCAAACACGCACAACGCAGUGGGAGGUUCUCUGCACGGAUGCCCUCACAACAGCAACAAAAACGAGAGGUGGUGCAGCAGACAAAGAUAGGAAGUGAUGUAUUAACUCCGCUGCGUGGCUCACGUGAUUUUCUUAAAAACACACAGAGCUCUUAUCUUAUUAGCUCUUACGUGAGCUCUUAUCACUACAGACUCUCUAGACAUCUUCGUCUGUGUCUUCCACAGCUUUUUCAAUGGGAAAUUUGUUUCUUAUUGUUUCUGUCUUUUCAUUUUGCGUCCACUUGCUCGCAGUGAAUCCGGCGGGGGAUCCCCUGCUGUGUUCACACAUCAAAUUCAUCCUAGACUUCUACGGACUUUGUGCUAGGAGGUCAGGCGGAGAAAGUCUCACUCGGGCAUUUGUGUUCACACAUGCACCUCCUCAGGUGUAUAUGCUCUUCAUCUAUGUGCCAUGUUGCACUGCCAUGUCUCUACUCUAGCCCAGGGACUGGCUCUUGAGAGGGCCUUUACCUGAAGGCCACCAUAGGCUCUCCUACAUGGUUGUGAGUGAGGGCUAUUCAGUUGUUUGCAACUUCAUCACUAGAUCUUACUAAUUCCUACACUUUCGUUUGUUCCUCAGUGACUUUUGGUGCAGUCUGGGCUGCUUUUAGUGCCUUUAAGAAUUCAGUAUGUUCGAAGUAAACUAGAUUGUAUCAGUUUGAAGGUUAAAGUAUUUGUUCAGACAAGACGUGGAAGGUUUUCAUGGUGUUGUAGAGAAAAAGAAGUUCAAACGCUGCUCCCUUCUUUCUUACCUCUGCUCACCUAUGCUGUGGUUGUGAUCGAAGGUAUGUCGGGGGUGUUUCUACUCAUGCAACUUUAAUGUGAAUUGCUGGAAAUCAGAUGGUACGUCUAGGGGGAGACCUGUCACAUAUAGAGGUAUAGAUACUGUAUAUAUAGGCUGAUAAAUGGAACCCAGCUGAAUGUUGGUAUUCAGUUGUGGCGACUGUGAAGGCCAUGACUUAUGGUUCACAUCAAUUUCAUACAAAUCAAACCAGUUGGUGAACCACUCGACGAACCAGUCAUCACACCAGUCAGUGAGCCCUCCUGUUGUUUAAUACAGUAUGUCAUUCCCUUUGCCUUGACACUCAUUUAAUCAGAUCUUCCCCUGCCUGUGUCUUUUUUCUGACAAUUUUUUUCCCUGACAUCCAUCUGAUUGUUCCCUGUCAUCAGUUGUAUAAAAGAUCUUUUCCUACAUGACUUCCCUCAUCACUAAAUCUCCAACAAGAACAAAACAGCUUUGUAACUGCUCCUCUACAAACACUAUUCUCCACAGGCAGAAGCUUCAUUAGCCUGGCGAGGGAAGCUGAUUUAUUAUCGUUUUGUUUUGAAAUCUCUGUACAUUUGGCCGAUAGUUUUAUUGGUGACAAUAAUACUGCACAGACCAAAGUGAUUUUCGUGGUCAUGUGAACAGAAGUCUAUCAAGUGAUGACGCUUGAGAAGUCAGAUGAUCUGAGGCUGGAAACAAACCUCCAGCUGAACCAAUCAUUACUGAACAUCCAUCAGUUGACAGAUCGAGUUUCUACUUCAACUCUUACUUUUGUCUUGAGAAGUUAAUACAUUUUAGCCCCCAGAACACAAAAAUCUUUACUGAGCAUUCACUGAAACGGUCUGCUUAUGAAAACAUUAUGAAGAACCUAAUAUAAAGAGUAUAAGGGCAGGGUAUGAGCAAAGUUAUUUCGUGGCCAUAGGAGAUUUUUGUACCACAAAUUGGCAGCAACAUUGAAUCUGUGAUACAUUUAUACAUUCAAGCCUCUUGUCCUCAUCAGUGAUGUUACAGUGGGUGUUAAGUCCUCGACACCCCAUUAAACACAUUUGCUGUGACAUCACUGGCUGCGGUACAGGAAGGAAAAUUACAUACUAGAAAGUUUAAACGCAUUAGUUCCCACAUGCUUCUUUGCUCGUGUACGUGUAAUUUUGAUCAGAGGCAAAUGUUGGGCUGUUAUAACACCCAAGCUUCAUGAAUAGUUUUACAUCUUAUGUUCUAUAUCAUGUCAAUCAUACUCUCAGAUUAAAAGAAAACCAUUUAUUUUGUAAUAUUUCAAUAUGGUACAAUUGAUAAAUAUGAAUAAGAAAUAGAAAUUAUGUGUUAGAUUUAUUUUUGUCAAUUGAAAUCACUGGCAUGUCAGUUCAUGAUUUGAUAUGAUUUCUGAUUGUGAAUAUCUGGGGUUUGUUCAGCUUUUCUGUUUGUGGGUUAUCUGAUGAGUCUGAACUACUGAGUCUGCCUUAAUGAAGUAAGAAGUUAAUUUAUUGAGCUCAUGGCUAGAGCCAUAACAGGAUUGGAUUGUACUUGAAUGGGUAGGUGUAUGAUUAUGUAAAAUUGAUUGUCUUUUUUUCGGGAGAAUAAAUUACUUUACUAUUGUGA